CCAAUUUCUAAGCCUUAGUUUACAUUGUUUUAUUUGUUGAAAUGGCUGCUGCUGCUUCUUCAGCACCGAAGUUGAAGCGCACGAAUUCCAUAACGGAGAACAUGCCGGAUGCAUUGAGGCAGAGUAGGUACCAUAUGAAGAGGUGCUUUGCCAAUUACUUAGAGAAGGGAAGAAGGAUAAUGAAACUCCAUCACCUGAUGGAGGAAAUGGAGCAAGUCAUAGAUGACAAGACUGAAAGGGAUCAUGUCUUGGAGGGCAAUCUUGGCUUUAUAUUGAGCCAUACACAGGAAGCUGUUGUUCAUCCACCAUAUGUCGCGUUUGCUGUGAGGCAAAGUCCUGGAGUUUGGGAACAUGUCAGAGUCAACUCUGAGGACCUUAAAGUUGAGGCUAUAACCUCCACUGACUACCUCAAAUUCAAGGAACGGGUCUAUGAUGAAAAUUGGGCAAAUGAUGAAAACUCAUUCGAAGCGGAUUUUGGAGCUUAUGAUUUCCCUAUUCCCCGUUUAACCUUACCAUCUUCGAUCGGAAAUGGACUCAAUUUUGUCUCAAAGUUCUUAACAUCAAAGUUUAGUGGCAAUUUGUCAAAAACACAGCCUAUAGUGGACUACUUGUUAUCACUGAAUCAUCAAGGAGAAAAACUGAUGCUGAAUGAGAGGCUGAACACUGCUGCAAAGAUUCAGCUUGCACUUAUUGUGGCUAAUGCAUAUCUCUCAGCAACUCCCAUGGAUGCUCCCUACCAAGAUUUUGAGCUAAGGCUUAAGGAAUGGGGAUUUGAGAAAGGAUGGGGAGACACUGCAGGAAGAGUGAAGGAGACAAUGGGAUUUUUGUCAGAAGUGCUCCAAGCUCCAGAUCCAAUGAAUCUUGAGAAGUUCUUUAGCAGAGUUCCCACAAUAUUCAAUGUUGUCAUCCUUUCCAUCCAUGGUUAUUUUGGCCAAGCUGAUGUUCUUGGAUUGCCAGACACUGGUGGACAGGUAGUUUACAUAUUGGAUCAAGUGAGAGCUCUGGAGGCAGAGCUGCUUAUGAGAAUUAAGCAACAAGGGCUAAAUGUGAAGCCUCAGAUUCUUGUGGUCACAAGGCUCAUACCAAAUGCUCAAGGAACCAAAUGCAACCAAGAGUUGGAACCAAUCAUUGAUACCAAGCACUCCAACAUUCUGCGCGUGCCUUUCCAAACUGAUAAUGGAGUCUUGCGUCAAUGGGUUUCUCGCUUUGAUAUUUAUCCUUAUCUUGAGAGGUUUUCUCAGGAUGCCACAGCCAAGGUGCUAGACUUCAUGGAAGGGAAACCGGAUCUUAUUAUUGGAAAUUACACUGAUGGAAAUUUGGUAGCUUCUCUUAUGGCUAACAAACUUGGGAUAACUCAGGGAACUAUAGCGCAUGCUUUAGAGAAAACUAAGUAUGAAGAUUCAGAUGUCAAGUGGAAAGAACUAGACCCCAAGUAUCAUUUCUCAAGUCAAUUCAUGGCUGAUACAGUAGCAAUGAAUGCGGCUGAUUUCAUCAUAACCAGCACCUAUCAGGAAAUUGCAGGAAGCAAAGAUAGGCCUGGACAAUAUGAAAGUCAUGCAGCAUUUACACUCCCAGGGCUCUGCAGGGUUGUUUCAGGUAUAAAUGUAUUUGAUCCCAAGUUCAACAUAGCUGCACCUGGAGCAGACCAAUCUGUCUAUUUUCCUAACACAGAGAAAGACAAAAGACUCACUAAAUUUAAUGCUGCCAUUGAGGAACUAUUAUACAGCAAAGUUGAUAACAAAGAGCAUAUUGGGUAUCUAGAAAACAGAAGAAAACCAAUCAUAUUCUCAAUGGCAAGGUUUGAUGUUGUCAAGAACUUAACCGGCUUAGCCGAAUGGUAUGGGAAGAACCAGAGAUUGAGAAACCUGGUGAACCUUGUCAUAGUAGGAGGCUUCUUUGACCCUUCAAAAUCCAAAGAUAGGGAGGAAAUGGCAGAAAUAAGAAAGAUGCAUGAUUUGAUGGAAAAGUACCAACUCAAGGGUCAAUUUAGAUGGAUAGCUGCACAGACGGAUAGAUAUCGAAAUGGCGAGCUCUACCGCUUCAUUGCUGAUACGAAAGGAGCUUUCGUGCAGCCUGCUUUGUAUGAAGCAUUUGGCCUUACUGUCAUUGAAGCAAUGAACUGUGGCUUGCCUACUUUUGCAACCAACCAAGGAGGUCCAGCUGAAAUCAUUGUAGAUGGGAUCUCUGGCUUCCAUAUUGAUCCCCUUAAUGGAGAAGAAUCAAGCAACAAAAUUGCUGAUUUCUUUGAAAAAUGCCAAGUAGAUUCAACAUAUUGGGACAAGGUUUCUGCAGCCGGAUUGCAGCGCAUAGACGAAUGCUAUACCUGGAAGAUCUAUGCAAACAAGUUGCUGGAUAUGGGAAACAUUUAUACAUUUUGGAGGAGAGUGAAUAAUGAGCAAAAACAGGCCAAGAAGAGAUACAUUCAGAUGUUCUACAAUCUUAUGUUAAAAAAAUUGGUGAAGACUAUACCGGUUCCAAGUGAUAUACCUCCACCACCUCCUCCACCACCUCAACCAGUGCCAAAGCAGCAGAGUAUGAAGAAACAAGGAACUAGCAGACGUUCACAGUCCAAAUUGCAAAGCUUAUUUGGAGCAUAACAUCAAGUGGAGGGUGCUUCAUAAUGCUUCUUCUUGUCACGGUGCUGGAUGUUGGUGUCUGUCUUUCUUUCUAAUGCUUAAUUGUUGAAUUAAGCUCCAAAGUUGAUAAAAUAAAAAAGAGAGUUUA